UGCAAGCAACAACAACAACAAAAAGUACCUGCCGAACAACAACAACAACAACAACGAGAAGAACGAGAAGAAUUGCAAAGUGCAACAAGUGUGAGAAGAGAAUUGAGGAAAGCAUUGAGGGAAAUCAUUUUUUACCGCGUGACGCACAUGUUGAUGAAAUUGUAAUGUAAUGAGAUACGACGUCCAGGAGCUGCUACUUCAUCAGUCUGCUGAGGAUCCAUUCGCCAGGUUCGCAAAUGGGAUGGCAUAUCAUCCAUUUCUGCAGCUAUCGCAAAGACCCACUGACUUCAGCGUCUCGUCGCUGUUGACGGCGGGUAGCAACAGCAACAACAACAGUAGCAACAACAACAGCAGCAACAACAACAGCAGCAGCAACAACAACAGCAGCAACAAUCACAACAACAGCAGCAGCGCAGCAGCAGCAGCAGCGACGGCAGCAGCAGCGGCAGCGGCAGCGGGUCAAGCUUUAAGCUCGCCAGGCUCUGGCGCUGGCAAUUAUCGUAGCUCGCCGUCGCAGCUCUCGCCACAAAGCAAUCACAGCAAUCACAACAACAACAACAAUAACAAUAACAAUAUUAACAACAACAAUAAUAAUAAUAAUAACAAUAACAACAAUAAAAACCACGAACCACUGAGCGGUGCAUCGCCAACGCCAACAUCCUCAUCAUCACCGCCACCAGCAGCAGCACCACCACCACCGCCGUCAUCAUCAGCAACAUCAUCAUCUUCAGCGGCAGCAGCACCACCGCAUCAACCACCGCCGCCGCCGCCGUCUCUACCCGCGCAUCAUUCACCACAGCAGCAGCAACAACAACAACAACAACAACCACCACCUGGUCUGCAUCCACCGCCGCCACAGCAUUUGGGGCCACAUCAACAACAACCACCGCCGCCGCCAUAUUUUCCGGCCGCGGCAUUGGCCGCUCUGGCUGGCAGUCCGGCGGGUCCGCAUCAUCCGGGUCUAUAUAGCGCCGCCGGCGGUUUGCGUUUCCCACCACAUCCAGCGCAUCCGCACGCCCACCAUCCGCUGGGCACCGCCUACACCACCGCCGAGGACGUGGUGCUCGCAUCGGCUGUGGCCCAUCAGUUGCAUCCGGCGAUGCGACCACUGCGCGCCCUGCAGCCCGAGGACGAUGGCGUCGUCGAUGAUCCCAAGGUCACGCUCGAGGGCAAGGAUCUGUGGGAGAAGUUCCACAAGCUGGGCACCGAAAUGGUCAUCACCAAGAGCGGCAGACAAAUGUUUCCGCAAAUGAAAUUUCGUGUUUCGGGUCUGGAUGCCAAGGCUAAAUACAUACUGCUACUGGAUAUCGUUGCGGCGGAUGAUUAUCGUUAUAAAUUUCAUAAUAGUCGCUGGAUGGUUGCUGGUAAAGCGGAUCCUGAAAUGCCAAAACGCAUGUACAUUCAUCCAGAUUCGCCCACAACGGGUGAGCAAUGGAUGCAAAAAGUUGUUUCAUUUCACAAAUUAAAAUUGACCAACAAUAUUAGUGAUAAACAUGGAUUUGUAAGUACUACAAUACUGAACUCAAUGCAUAAAUAUCAGCCGCGCUUUCAUUUGGUGCGAGCCAACGAUAUUCUGAAGCUACCAUAUUCCACGUUUCGCACGUACGUGUUCAAGGAGACGGAGUUUAUAGCCGUGACUGCAUAUCAAAAUGAGAAGAUAACACAAUUGAAAAUUGACAACAAUCCCUUUGCGAAGGGCUUUCGUGAUACUGGUGCUGGCAAACGGGAAAAGAAGCAGGCGCUGAUGUCGAAUCGAGGGUCCGACUCGGACAAACUGAAUCCGACGCACGUGAGCAGCUCGCGGGCGCCGUUGCAUUUGGGCCACGCCGGACGGCCGCCACAUUUGCAUCCGGCCCAUGCGGCGGCGCUGCUGGAUAAUCAGCAGGACGAUGACGAUAAGCUAUUGGAUGUGGUGGGGCCACCGCAGAGUCCGCUGUUGCCUUUGAGCCACUCGCUGCAACAGAUGCACGCGCACCAGCAUUCGGCAGCACUGGCUGCCUGGUUUAAUCAUUUGGCUGGCGCUGGCGCCGGUGAGCAUGCGGCCGCAGCGAAUGCCGAGGAUGCACUGCGUCGUCGCCUGCAAGCGGACGAUAUGGAGCGCGAUGGCAGCGAUUCAAGUUGCUCGGAGAGCGUCGGCGGCAGCACCGGCGGUGCCUUUCGUCCCACCUCAACGGGCAGCCCCAAGGAGGGCGUCGGUGGCGGCGGUGCAGCGGCUGCGGCAGCGGCGGCUGGUCUAAGUGCCGCCGGCAGUUAUCCAUCACCGAAUAUAUCAGUGGGACCACCGAUCCACCCGUCGCCGCAUCUGUUGCCUUACCUCUAUCCACACGGACUCUAUCCGCCGCCGCAUCUGGGACUGUUGCAUAAUCCGGCAGCAGCAGCUGCCAUGAAUCCCGCCGGCCUCAAUCCCGGCCUGCUGUUCAACGCCCAGCUGGCAUUGGCCGCCCAGCAUCCGGCGUUGUUUGGCCACGCCUACGCAGCGGCUGGACACACGCCCGUCUCACCGCUGCAGGGACUGAAGAGUCAUCGCUUCUCGCCGUACAGUUUGCCGGGCAGCCUGGGCUCCGCUUUUGAUGCAGUGACGCCUGGCUCGAAUGCGAAUCGCAGCAGCGGCGCCGCCGAUGCCGCUGCACCGCCAAAUCUAUUGGCUGCCAGCGGCGGAGCUGGUGGCGGAGGUGGGGGAGGUGGCAUGGCACUUGACAAUGGACCGCGUAGUCUCAGCUCGAGUCCGAGACCGCGUGCCUCGUCGCACUCGCCGCCAACGCGUCCCAUAUCCAUGUCGCCGACAACGCCGCCGUCGCUGCUGAAGCGACAGCCGCAGCAUUCGCCAUCGGAGCUGAAGAGCAUGGAGAAGAUGGUCAAUGGCUUGGAGGUGCAACACAAUGGCAGCGCUGCAGCAGCGGCAGCGGCGGCAUUACUGGACGGUCGCUCCGAUUGCGAUGAGGGCGGCCUGGAUAUGGAUGAGAUGGACGACGAUGAUGAUCACGAUCGCAGCUCUGUCAUCGAUCUCGAUCUGGAUGUCGAUGUCUGACCGCAAACGGUGCAGCUGCAGCAGCUUUAGCGUGCAACCAGCUACUGCUACUGGGGCAACGUCAAUCAAACAUGGGCCCGUUACCGCAACCGCAACCUCACUGUUCCGGCCCUGGCCAGCGUUGCCAGUUGAUGGCGUUAACCAACACUGUACGACUCUAAAAUCAAUUUGUAAAUACGCGCCACGAUCUAUAUAGGCAUUGUAGCAUAUAGCAUGUAGUCCACACACACACACACACACACACACA